CUCUUUAGCAUUUCUUUCUCCUUUUUUGACAAAUGGCUGAAGCUUCAGCUGUGGACGAGACGCUAACUCCAGACGAUGCCGUUGACGUGUUGAAUGAACUACUGCCUGCACAGAACAAGUCAUACGAGCUGGGGCUCAAGUUGAAACUCCCGCAGCACGUCGUGGAGGCCAUUCACAAGGAAUCACCGUCCGACAGGUGUCUGCUUCAAAUCCUGAUCAAGUUCUUGCAGCAGGCGGAGCCCAUACCCACGUGGAGAGUCAUCGUAGAUGCUCUCAAGAAUCCCGUAGUCGGUCUAACGGCUCUGGCUAGGAGAGUUGAAGCCGCUCAUUUCCCUGACUCUACCGCAACA